GCGGAAGGUGACCUGCAAGCAUCCUGUCUCGGGCUGUCCCUCACAAGACAACUGCAUCUUUGUCAUCAACGAACAGUCCAGCCCUAAAGCGCCAGCGAAUGAGAAGAAGGAACGCCCACGGAGCACCAUGAGUAGUGAGGCCUCCAACUACACAUGCGGUUCAGACUACGCUACUCACCCCAGUUGCCCCGCAGCGAGACCCUCAAGAUCCUUGAAAAAAAUUCACAACUUUGGGAAGAGAUCUAACUCGAUAAGAAGGAACCCCAAUGCAGCGGUCAUCAAGAGUAACUGGCUUUACAAACAGGACAGCACGGGGAUGAAGCUUUGGAAGAAGAGGUGGUUCGUGCUGUCAGAUAUGUGCCUGUACUACUACAGAGAUGAGAAAGAGGAGGGUAUCCUCGGCAGCAUCCUCCUGCCUAGCUUUCAUAUAUCUAUGCUGUCUGUCGACGACCACAUCAACAGGAAAUAUGCCUUCAAGGCAACACAUCCCAACAUGCGGACGUACUACUUUUGCACAGACGCAGCCAAAGACAUGGAGUCAUGGAUGAAGGUGAUGACAGACGCUGCCCUGGUGCACUCCGAGCCUGUCAAGAGCAGGUUACUAAAAGUAGAACAGUGCGGUCCUCAGGACGUCAGUAACCACGUUACCCAGAAUCACCGACCGGUCCUAACCCGACCAGAGAUCCAGAACAACGAGCGGAACCGAGCCGAGGCUGAGCGGGAACGGGAACGUUACACCGUCACUGCUGUAACCAUGGUAACCUCCACCCCCACCGAGGAGGAGGAGGACAGGAAGCAGUGUGACGCGGAGCGCUACGGGUUCCAGAAGGAAGGGGCGGAGAGAGACCGGCCGCUCACUAAGAUCAACAGCAUCAAGCUACAGCCGGACCAGGCAGCAGCUGUUGCUGCUAACAUCAGAGAUGGAUCCCUACGACAGGCAGACACACCAGACGGGCUCUACAGAGCCCCACAGGUGAAUGGGUCCGGGGACCAGAGCCCAGGGGAGAUGAUGGCCCACCCCCAGCCCCACCAGACCCCCUCCAUCCAGGGCAGCAUGACCCCCACCACCCCUACCCCCCAGUACCCCCAGCAAGAGCCCAGGACCCUGACCAGGACCAGCUCCAUGCAGCAGCUGGAACAGUGGGUCCGCACACAAAGAGUACGCAACCAGGACGACGACACUAGAAGUAUCAUAUCGUACCAGACUUUGCCUAGGAACAUGCCCAGCCAUCGGGCACCACCAGCCAUGCCCCACUACGGGGACCCUGGCUACCGUACCUUACCUAGGAACAGCAUGGCGCGGCCGGACAGUAUCUGCAGCAUGUCCCCCUCCAUAUACGAUGAGGCCCUAGGCAUGGGGCUGGGCCUGGGGAUCUCGCCUGCAGACAAGAGGCGCUCGAUGAGGGACGACACCAUGUGGCAGCUGUAUGAGUGGCAGCAGAGGCAGGGCUACAUUCCCAACCCCAGGCCUAUGUCGUCCACGCCCGGGCCCUACGGGGCCCUGCCCAGCCCCAAGACCAUGAUCAACCUGUCUGAGCACCAGGGUCACAGUCACCACUCUAUCCCCCCCUCGCCUUCCCACGGCUCCUUGUCCAUGUACGGGGGCUACUCGCCCCUCCGCUCCUCCUACAACCACAGCUCCAGUAGGUCAGAGGUGGGCUUGCCUGUAUACCAGGGGGAUGUCACUAUAGACAGGAGACACAGCAGGACAUCACACCUCAACAAGUAUGCCUACCCGCCUGACAGGAGGUCAAUGCCAGCUGGGAUCCCUGUUCAGACCAUCAUUGCCCAGUCUCUGCAAGGCAAAACGAAUGCCAUUUUGUCUCAUCACCUCCAAAGGAACCUCAUGUAUCUGGAUAACCAGAUGAGCCCAGAGGAAUACAGGGAACACUCCUACAUGUGCAGGCCGGAGGAAGUCGACAUUGAUGCCAAGCUGAGCAGGUUGUGUGAACAGGACAGGGUUGUCCGGACGCAGGAGGACAAGCUACAGCAGCUACACAGAGAGAAGCAUACCCUGGAGAUGGCCCUGCUGUCGGCCAGUCAGGAGAUAGAGAUGGGCUUUGAAAACCCAGCCGCUGUACACAGUGUCAUCCAGCAGAGUGAAGUGCUACAGAGUGGCUUGCUCAGUACCUGUAGAGAGCUAUUCAGAGUUAACACUGAGUUGGAGCGGUCAUGGAGGAAUUAUGAGAAGAUGGAGGGAGACGUCUCAUUGGCCAAGAACAACCUGCUGGAGCAACUAGAGGCACUGGGAAGCCCUCAGACGGAGCCCCCCAGCCAGCAGCAUGUCCACAUCCAGAAGGAGCUGUGGAGGAUCCAGGACGUGAUGGAAGCCCUCAGCAAGAACAAGGCCCAGAGGAGCUCAGACACACAGGGAUACUACUGCUCCACGCCCAUCUCCAACCAACACAAGAGUGAGGAGGAGGAGUUGGAAGUGGAGAACCUCUCGGCUCCCCCGCGGCCGCCCCUACCCCAGGCCUACGAGCCCAACCAGCCCAACCUUGCUGCCAUACCCCACCUGCCCUCUCCCGUUACCUCCAGCGGGCGACCGCCACCCCACCGGGGUUCCGAGGAUAGGGACCGGAAGGCCGGCCAGAGAAACGGAACACACAGCGGUCCUGACUACAGGUUGUAUAAGAGUGAACCAGAGCUCACCACUGUAGCCGAGGUGGACGAGACCAACGGAGAGGACAGAUCUGAACAGUCUGACAGAGACCCCUCCAACACCAAAGGAAUGUCGUACCCCGUUGGUAUCGUUCCCCCCAGAACCAAAUCUCCCAUGAUAGCGGAGUCUUCCACCAUCGCCUCCUACGUCACACUGAGGAAGGGCAGGAGGCCAGACCCACGCAUGGUGAAUGAGCGUCCCCGCAGUGCAGUAGACCAGUUGUGUGGUGGGGCUGUGGAGAAGGAGAGUGGCAGGCCCAGGAUGAGUGUAGAGGAACAGCUGGAGAGAAUCAGGAGACACCAACAGGGGGCGCUAAGAGAGAAGAAGAAGGGGCUUCACAUCCUGGGGACCAACAGCCCACAGCAGGGACAGCUAGGCCCGCAGGAGAACACACACAGCCAUCCACACAGUCACAGUAACACACCAACACCCUCACGAAGCCCCUCGUUCACCAAGAAGAACCCAUUCCAUAGCCUGCAGAACUGUCGUCAGCGUGACGAGUUGAUGAGCAGUGACAUCCUGGAGCUGGAGGCGUCACUCAGAGAACAGGAAGUGGUCAGAGAGCAGGAGACGCCUGCCGAGGAGAUAGCACGACUCAAAGAGGCCUCGCACACUGACCACUACAACAUGGACAGAGAGUUGUCAGUCCCUGAGAAGGUGUUGAUUCCAGAGCGUUAUGUAGAGUCAGAUCCAGAGGAGGCUCUCAGCCCAGAGCAGGAGGCUGACAAACAGAAGAAAGUGGACCGCAUUAAAGCCCUCAUCGCCAAAAACAGUAUGCAGAAUGUGCUCUCACCUCCCGGUGUGGUGCUGAGCCCAGAGGAGGAGGCUGAUGAGGAGGCUACAGCUCACGAGCAGGAGAAGAUGAUCAACAUCUCCUAUGAACUGGCUGCUGAGGCUUCCAAACGCAGCAAGCUGGUCGCAGUGCGCAGCUUGUCCUCCUCACCUCCUCCUGAGCUCCAACCGUCCUCAUCUCCACCUCCUAACACACAACCACCACCUCAGCUCACUGAUGGGUCCCACUUCAUGUGUGUGUAAUAGGAGUUGCAUCAAUAAGUGCGUGUAGUAUCGCCCCCCAGGCCCUGGCGUCAAUGAAGACCUACAGGUGAGAGAUGUGACAACAGAGAGAUGAGGAGGCUCCUGUUUGCUGUAAAGAAGACCUCUACACAAGGACAUGAUACACCCAGCACAAAGUGCAGACCAAAAGAACUGUACUGGACAGACAGAUUAAUGGACCACGCCAUGCGCUGGGCCUUACAUGCUGUCUGCUCAAUCUAUGCCUCACUGUGACAUCACAUCCUCCUGUGCCAUGGCGUCACUUCAUGUGAUGUCAUCACCCUUUGACGUCAUCGCCACCACAACCUCCCCCCUCCCUCUCUUCCCCCAUGGGAUCACAACUUUGCAACAAAAAUACAAUAAUAAGACAUUGAUACUGUUGGUUGCUGUUAGAGUAGUUUGUUUGAAUAUGGCUGAUGUGUGUGUCAAGAGUAUAUGGACUGAAACCUGCUGUGAUGAUGAUGUCAUACACACACACACACACACCGUUACGCCAUUGAUUCUUUCAUAGUUUAAGAGUUCGACUGUUCAGCAUUGUUUUAUAACUCUUAUUGCAUUUUAGUUCAUAUUUUAGUUCAUAUUGAGUUUUUAUUCAUUUUAGUUCUGUUUUUAAAAUGUAUUUUUCAUCACACAAAAACAACACUGCAUAGUAAUUCAAUCCCAGUGUACAAACCAUUUCUGUUUUAUACAGUGGGGAAAAAAAGUAUUUAGUCAGCCACCAAUUG